UGUCUCUGAACUGUUUAUUUUGCAUUACUCAUUUUUAUAAAAUUUUCGUCAAUGAAAAUUCCACCACCAAUUCGUGAUAUCUGAGCGAACAAUAAUAACUAUUAUCACACGAGUUAUGCAUCGUCUGGAUGCACAUUCUCCCGAGGGAUAUCCAAGACUGAUCUGACAUAGUGGUGAUGACCACGGAAACAAAAAUGAGCAGCUCAGAAGAGGUUUCCUGGAUCUCAUGGUUCUGCGGCCUGCGUGGAAAUGAAUUCUUCUGUGAAGUCGAUGAAGAUUACAUUCAGGACAAAUUCAAUUUGACUGGUUUAAAUGAACAAGUUCCACAUUAUCGUCAGGCCUUGGACAUGAUUUUGGACCUAGAACCAGAUGAUGACCUCGACGACAAUCCCAAUCAGUCAGACCUCAUCGAGCAAGCUGCGGAGAUGCUGUAUGGACUCAUUCACGCCCGAUACAUCCUGACGAACCGUGGAAUUGCCCAGAUGAUCGAGAAGUAUCAAGCAGGUGACUUUGGCCACUGCCCCAGGGUUUACUGUGAAUCCCAACAGAUGUUACCUCUUGGCUUGAGCGAUGUACCUGGUGAGGCCAUGGUCAAGAGCUACUGUCCCAAGUGCAUGGAUGUUUACACUCCAAAAAGUUCAAGGCACCAUCACAACGAUGGGGCCUAUUUUGGCACUGGUUUCCCACAUAUGCUCUUCAUGGUUCAUCCAGAGUACCGACCCAAACGACCUCCAAAUCAAUUUGUACCCAGAUUAUAUGGCUUCAAAAUUCACCCACUAGCCUACCAGAUGCAACAGCAAUCAGCAGCCACAUUCAAGGCACCACUCCGUACUCUGUACAACAAUGGAAAACGUUAAACAACCCAUCACGACGAAAAAUUUUUAAAAAAAUGAUGAAAACAACAUUAUUAUACGUCAGAAAGAAAUAACAACUCAGCUAAUGAUCUAAGUUAAUUUCAUUGUCUCUACUUGUUUCUUUCUCGCCAUUGUUGAACGAUUUUGCCUCGUUCGAGACUGCUUGUUACGUUAGAUUAACCCGGUAAUUUUGUUGAAGAGAUCGUUCUUUGUUUCAUUUCGUUGCAGUCGUCGUAUGGCCAAAUCAUUGCGGUCAAAGUCAAGACAUUGAAUAAGUCGAUUAGGAUUUUUUCUCUCGAAAUUAGAUUGAACAGCUAUUGUCACGUAUUUUUCACUCGGAGCCAGUGCAAGGGUAUCAUCUUAGAAUAAAUGAAUUUUCCACAGGAAUCGAAGUGAUGAAUAUGAAACUGAAGGGGAAACGCCGGAGAUUUCUCUAUUCGAUGAACAUUUCGAUAAAAAUUGAAAGAUUAUUCUAAAAAAAAUGAUGAUAAUUGUGUAUAAAGUAGAAUGUGAAUUUAGCAUAAAAGAUUAUGAAUUUAAAAUCUAGAAUUGUAUUUGCCUAGCGUAUUUCAAACACCUUUGAAUUUCAGUAAAUUUAAUCGAUACAGCA